AUGGCACGCUCAAAGGCGGCCACGCCGAGUCACAGAGCCUCGUCGCAGACCCGGAAACAGGCGAAUGCCAUUUCUCACCAACUCGACGGUGCGGUGCAUUCGCUGGAAAAGAAGAUUGAAGAGCAGGCGGAGCUGCAUGCGCGAAACCCCAAGGAACAGAAGGAGGCGGGGCUGUUGCAACUCUUGAUUUGCGUGGGUGGCAUCUAUGCAAGUUUUAUGACCUGGGCCAUGCUUCAAGAACGCCUAACAACCACCACCCACGGCCCCUCGAAUGCCCGCUUCACCUACGCCAUCUUCCUCAACACCGUUCAGUCGGCCUUCGCUGCCAUUACCGGUUUCAUCUACCUCGUCGUGUCCGCGCCGCGCGAUCCAAAAACCCAAGCUCGACGUAUCCCCGCCAUCUUCCCCUCGAAAGCCAUCCUCUUCCCCCUCCUCCUCAUUGCCAUAACCAGCAGUCUCGCCUCACCCUUUGGCUACGCCAGCCUCAAACACAUUGACUACGUAACGUUCAUCCUUGCCAAAUCAUGCAAACUGCUACCCGUCAUGUUCCUCCACAUCUCGCUCUUCCAAAAACGCUAUCCCCUGUACAAAUACCUCGUCAUCGGCUGUGUGACCCUCGGCGUCGCCAUCUUCACCCUGCACAACCCCUCGACCGCCCGCAAAGCCGCGAAGAAGGGUGUCGCCGCCGACGCCAGCAAGACGGUUGGCCUCUUCUUGCUCGCCGUCAAUUUACUCUUCGACGGCCUGACCAACACGGUGCAGGACCAGAUCUUUGGCACCUGGAAAGGCUUCACAGGCCCGCAGAUGAUGUGCGCACAAAACAUUAUGAGCACCGCACUUACCGUCUCCUACCUGCUCGUCUCCCCUUUUCUCGCUUCCACCGCCCUGGGACCCUGGUUCGGUCUGUCGCCUUCCGGCAACGGCGAGUUGGCAGAUGCGCUCGCCUUCAUCACUACCUACCCCUCUGUCGGCUGGGAUGUCCUCGGUUUCGCGGCCUGUGGGGCGGUAGGGCAGGUGUUCAUCUUCCACACCCUCGCCCAUUUUAGCAGUUUGCUGCUCGUGACGGUGACGGUGACGCGCAAGAUGCUGACGAUGGUGUGGAGUGUGUGGUGGUUUGGCCACGAGAUUACGGGCAUGCAAUGGGUUGGCGUCGGCUUGGUGUUUGGCGGCAUUGGUGCCGAGGCUGGGUUUUCGCGCUGGGAGAAGAGUAAGAAGGCGAAGGCGAAGAAGGAGGAGGAGGGCAAGAAGGAGUGA